AUGAGAGGCGACACGAAGCUGCUCUGCGCGCUGGGCCUGCUGCUGCUCUGCGUGGCGGCCAACUUCCAAGGCGCGCACUGCCGCGGCGGCGGAGGCCACGGCGGUGGCGGUGGCCACGGAGGCGGGGGCGGAGGACGCGGCGGCGCCGGCAGGAGCGGCGGCGGUGGUGCCCGUCCGUUACUCUACGGGGCGGGGGCUGGCGCGGUCGCCGGUGCGGGAGCGGGCGCGCUCGCGGGCAGGGCCGCGUCGGGGUCGCGCAGCGCGGCGGGAGAACCGCAUGGCCGCGGCGUCUCGGGGCUCUCCGGCGCCGCCGCCAUCCUCGCAGCCGCGGCACUCGUCCGGUGGCUAUGA